GUUUUCCGAAUGAGACAGGGUGCGUAUAUAGUAGACUGGCACUAUAUAGCCUCUAUAGAGGUUAUUUUCUCCAUUCAACUGCAAGCAAGAACCGCUGAGACACUGCACACAGCAAGCUCUUCACUGCACACGACAGGAUAGAGGGAUUUCUUUACUCCUUUUCCAAUAUAACAUGGAGGUGGCACCUUGUGUCCAGGAAGCUAGUAGCCACGCAGCAUCGCUGCUGGCAAGUCUAAACCUCCAAAGAGAACGAGCUCAGUUCUGUGACUGUGUGGUCAGACAGAUACAGAGCCCGGGUCAACUGCACGCUGCACACAGGUGUGUCCUGGCAGCCUCAAGUCCAGUGUUGGCGUCUAUCUUGUCCUCUACUGGUGCCCUGGUGGAACUGCAGGCUCCAUGUUUGUCUGACUCUGUGCUUGCACUUCUUCUGGACUAUAUUUACACAGGGGCAUUGCCAUCCACUCAUAGCCAGCACCAGUAUUACAAUCUGCUCACUGCUGCCUGCCACCUGCAGAUGGAUGAACUGCAGAAUGCCCUGAGGGCUUUGCAGACUGAGGUGAAAACUGUAGAUAAUGUAAAUGCCUCCAAUCAACCACAUGAAGACAAGUAUUUGCCAUCAUCACUGGAGAAAAAGGAUCAUCAAUAUCCACCCAAUGUGGACACAUGCGAUAAUAUAGAUCCAUGCAGAAGUUGCAGCGAAAAUGAUGCAAACCACUGUAGCAAAAAAGAUGGAAGUGCCUUCUGUAGUAUAUCUGAAAGCACUGAAAGUGACAUCAAUACAGCUAACUGCAGACCACAGCAAUUGAUUCAAAACAUCAACUGCACCACUGAAGUGCACAGGGUUUCUGGAGUAGACAAAGAGGUGCAAAAGGAUCCGUUUCACUCAGCUCAUUCAGCUGGCACUAUAAAACCAGAGAGCUGGCAGAGGGGCACAGAAGAUGAGCCAGAGCGGACAGUUGAGAGCAAGAUGAGGUCAAAUUUACUUUGCAUUGCUGGGAUACAAGAGGAAGAGAUGAGCACAGCAGCAGAGGAGAAGCAAACUAACAGAAAAGAGGAAGACAAGACUCCAAUCCGUCACUCUCCCCUUCUUUGUCUCUCGACCUCUCACCUUAAGGGCUAUGUUUCACCCUCACAGUACUCCUCCUCAUCCUCUUCCUCAUCACCACAUCCAUGCUGUGGGGCAGUACCUGUCAUUUGUCACAGCAGUAGUGCAGGAGUGAUCCAGUUGGCAGAGAUGUCUCCAAUGCGUUCUCCUUACCAUCCAGUAUCUCAAGCCCCAGUCAGCUCCAGCAGGGCCUCUGACCCAGAAAGCAUUAACAAUGAGAGCACUGAUGAAGGUACUACCACUAGACACAAGAAACAUUGUGCAGUACAGAAUCAGGAUUGCAGAAACAGUAAAGAUCACAGUAGGAGUUGGGAUUACAAGCAUGUUUCAAAUCAAUCUGACAUCCUAAAACAGGUUUGCAACUGCAGCAAUGCAGAUGAUUUGAUAGGACAGAAUGAUGAACAUACGAGCAAUGGAUUAUCCCCCAUUACAGAUCAUAAUGAUAGCCAUGCUCAUUGUUAUUCAAUUCACAACAAGAAUCCUAUCAAACAUUUUAGGGAUGAUUCAGGGCCACAGAAUAGGGAUUGCAGCAGUUUUGCCAGAAGAUUAAAGUAUAAAAAUGAUCUUAAUUUUGAGGGUGUCCCCUCCAAGCAUCAGGGACUGGAAGGUUCAGAUUGCCACAAUGUCCGGAAGGCAACAGAGGAGCAGUCCAUUCGCUCACAAGAUCCGAAACCUGAUGUUCCACUUCCUGUACAGGAUACAGACACAGGAAAUGGCGCGUGCUGUGGAAGUUUGUGUGCUGAAGGAGAAGCGAAAGAGGAAGACGGUUACUCGAGGUGUCCAGCUGAAACAGAUAAACAGGACGGCCACUGCAACUUGGAUAGAACUGAGACAAGCACAAAAGCUGCUGCUUCUAGCCAGCAUGAACGUGACUCAGACAACACAGACAGAGGUAUGACAGACAGAAGUCAUAUCUCCACCACACUUGAAUCAUGUCUGGAUAGUGUCACUGGUGGUCUCUCUGGCUUUGAACGCCGCACAUCUAUGGAGGUUGACAAGAUGUCAGGCGCUGAGAUCACAGAGCCAAACAUAGCUUUUACUGUGGAUCACAACAUGUCUGACUCUACGUAUAGUGUUGUGGGGCCAUCAUACUAUGGACUUCUUCAAUAUCACUGCCUACCACAGGAGGAAGAACACUUAUCAUACGGAUACUCUGGUCGCAGACGCUCCAACUUUAGCCACCCUGAUCAUUCAGACCAGUCCAGUGAUGAGGAGGAGGUUAAUGGCUUUGCCAGUCCAGGUUACAAUCCUCUGAGGCAGCACUUUGCUACAGCGAGCACAGACCAGGUUCUGCUGCUAGACAUUAGUGCCAAACCUGCUGAGUUGCUAGUUGCUAAUGCAUUCGGCCAAAAGAAAACAUUUGGAAGUGGGUUUGGGAAUACUGAUAGAGAGAAAAGGAAUGAAGCGACAUCUGUAGCAGGGGUUGACACUAGAUCUUGGGUUGGGGAAAUUAAUGUUAAAGAAAGAAAAUCUGUCAGUAAAGAUCGAAGCAGGCCAGGAGCUGAGGUUAUACAUAAAGCUAGGGUUGCUGAGGGGAUGUGCGACCUUAAAGAGGGUGAUAACCAGACCACUGUCUUGACAGUCUGUUCCCCUCCUAGUGUGCCAGACUCUCUACAAGCCUCCAUGUCAUCUACCUUGUCUGUCUGCAUACCUCCUACCCUGCCAGCCAGUACGGCAGCAAAUAUAUCAGCUCAUCUGUCAAACCCUGUUCACCACCCCUUCCAGUGCUCUCUGUGUGACCGUUCCUUCAGCCAGCGAGGCUCUCUGAAUCGACAUGUGCGGAGCCACCUUGGUGUACGGCCCUUCCCCUGUCCCCGCUGCCCUAUGACUUUUUCACGUCAGUACCGUGUCACAGAGCACAUGCGUGUUCACCAGCGCUGUGUCCUCAGGAGUGACUUUCAGAAGCCCCACGUGUCUUCAACUUAGGACAACAAGGAGAGGCAUGAAAGUUAUUGUCUUGUCCGCCUGUCAUUGAGAAAUGGCACUAUUCAAAGGCAUAGAUUUCCUGACCACAUCGGGCAGGGGGACACAUAUGAAACAGGGGAGGUUGAGUUCAUCCCCCACGGAAUUUCGAGCAUCAGACGCUUGAUAAUUUCCCUCACCCUGGUCAUUUUUCUGCAUCAAUUUGUGGUGAUGAAAGAAAUGAAAGACCUCCGCCACUGCUGCUUUCAUAUUCUUAUUGGGGGGAUCUCACAUGUUCUCAAUAAGAGGGACGUGUCCCUGCACCAAACGAGAGUCCAUCUAGCUGGUGACCAUAGUGGAGCAUUCAGCUGCUACUGAGCCAUUUCCACCCAGGACCGAAUGAAUGCUUACAGCAGUUUUAAUAUUUUUAUUGUAACAAUGUAUCCAUUGACAAUGUGAAAACUGAAUGACAAUGUGAAAGGAGUUGCUGAUGAACCUACAGAGAAUUAUCGACAUUAAUCUCGUCACUCUCAUCUUUUUUUUAAAAAAAAAAAAAUAGCUGCUCAUGUAUCGUUUUGUAUGUGUAUAUGAUAUAAGAUGUGUCGGAUCUUGAUUUAGAUUUGAUUAGAUUUGGUGUUUUUCCAGUUUUCAGAUUUUUACAUCAACUCUUUAAAUGAUACUAAAUAAUAAUAAUAAUGAUAUUUAAGUUUGAAUUUGAUGUUUGGUUUUGCAAAUAAAGCUACAAACACAAUCUGAA